CAGUAAUGCGGACGCUGUAUCGAUCCUGUGGUGAAGAAGGAGCUGAGCCGGAAGGCAAAGCUCUCAAUUUACCGGUCGAUCUACAUUCCCAUCCUCACCUAUGGUCAUGAGCUUUGGGUUAUGACCGAAAGGACAAGAUCACGGGUACAAGGGGCCGAAAUGAGUUUCCUCCGCCCUUAGAGAUAGGGUGAGAAACUCUGUCAUCCGGGAGGCACUCAGAGUAAAGCCUUUAAAAUGUGACAAUAACAACUUGACACUUUUUUAUGGCCUAAGUCUUUGUAUUGAGUAUAAAAGCCUCCGCUAAUGACAUCUGCGGCUUUAUUACUUUACCGCCCGGGCUAGUUGGGCGUCAACAGAAGCGGUUGGAACUCGGCGAGAGGACAACAGAAGAGGGAGAAAUGUUUGUCACGGUCCUAUUUGGAGAGAGCAAAAUGGAACUGUUUAAUAUCAACUGCCAGCUAAUUCACUUUGUCCACAAUUUGAAAGAGCGCUGCGGUGUGGAUAUGAAAGAUUGUGUGGACCUAAUGAACCGCAGCGGGGCAGUAGUCAACCUGGAAAGCAAACCGCUCAGUCUGGAGCUGGCAAGCAGCCUGCUGGCAGAGAGACAACACUAUGUCCUCGUGCAAGUUUGUCGAAACGAUGACGACGGAAGUCUGAAGUACGUGUCCCUCCUACAAAGUGUCAGCCCGUGCCAUCAAGAAGUGAAAGAGCUCCUGAGAAGACUGUGCAACCCUGGCCUGGAUGGAGACAAGAAAGUCAACGGCCUCAGGAGAGCACGCACUCAAAAGAGGGUUUCCACCAGUCAGAACUGAAGCAAAAAUGUCUGGAAUAUAAAGGCAAAGUCUUAGUUUAAAUGCAGUAACUAUGGAAGAUGAAUAUUCAACAUGUAGUAAGCAUGGUAGAGCAUAGGGCUCGAGCAGAGUAUAGCAUAUGAAGUGUUUGCGUAAGAAGAGAGGUUGUAUGAUCACAGAUGUUAGGAGUGUCAUUA